UUUGACGUUUCUCUGUUUUGAAAAAUCUUCAAACAAAAGUUGUAUUGAAUUAUUUCAUAAUUUGCAAUAAUAAGUACUGUAUUGUAAGACAUGGCUGCAGACGAACAAACAAACGAAAACCAAAAGGAAGAGGAGCCUUACGGCUUAGGCUGUGCCUUGGAUUACUUCACUGAAUACGAGGAAAUCUUCCAAUUAAUAGAUAACCUCAAAAAUGUAGCCGAAUCUGAAAAACCUUUCGCCGAAGAAAGACCCUUCGAAACAUUCUCUUUUAUACUCAACCAAUAUAUAGAACAGCCACAUCUGAUAGAUUCCCACUUAGACCAAAUGUUAGAAAAGUUGAUUUCUAUCGUCAGAAGCCCUGAAAAUACAAUGAAGCACAAACAUCUAGCAUUCAAGCAUAUGUUUGUUAUUGUUAAUGUUAGAGGGUAUAAAGUCAUAGUAAGACAUCUACCACAUGAGGUUGCAGAUUUUGAGCCAGUUCUGAAACUUCUAGAGUCCCAAAAUCCUACUGAUGCCAACACAUGGACUACAAGAUAUAUUUUACUGUUAUGGCUUUCCAUCAUAGUAAUGAUUCCAUUCCACAUGUCUAGGUUUGAUGGUUUUGAUGAAAAAGAUACUGAAAGGGCUUCUAUUAUGGAUAGAGUAUUGGCCAUGAUCAAAACUUAUGCCGUUGUUAUUGAUAAAUGUAGGGAUGCAGCCCCUUUUUUGGCACACAAAUUCAUAACAAGGAGUGAUGUGAAAGAAAAACACCUGUCAGCCUUCUUAGAUUGGGCAAAAGAACUAAGCACAGACAAAAACAGUUCACUUUUUGUGAGAGAAGGAACACUAGCUUGUGUUGCCACAAUUCUAAAACAUGGAAAAAGAGAAGAUAUGCUUCCAUAUGUUAGUCAGUUGUUAAUAUGGAUUGUUAAUGCUGACUUCAAGAGUAACUGUGGGACAAAUAUUGAGAAGUUGGUGUAUAAAAUUAUCCAAAGGAUAGGUUUGGUAUUCUUGCCUCCAAGGCUGGCAUCUUGGAGAUAUAAACGAGGAAACCGAUCUUUAGCAGCAAAUUUGAGUGCAGGGGAUGGUGGUGUAGUUGCAAAUUCUUCCAACAAUCAUCGUGAAGAAACUGAGGUUGAUGAUAACAUUGAAGUCCCUGAUGAAAUAGAAGAGGUCAUUGAUCAGUUGAUACAAGGAUUGAGAAGCUCUGAUGGCAUAGUCAGGUGGUCAGCUGCUAAAGGAAUUGGCAGGGUGACAGGAAGGCUUCCUAAAAAUUUGGGUGAUGAAGUUGUGGGUACUAUUUUGGAACUUUUUAGCCCUAGAGAAUCAGAUGGAGCUUGGCAUGGUGGAUGCUUGGCAUUGGCUGAAUUGGGACGAAGAGGCCUCCUACUGCCGGAUCGGUUGCCGCAAGUUGUUCCAGUAGUUCUAAAAGCGUUGGUCUACGAUGAACCAAGAGGCUAUUCCUCAGUUGGGUCACAUAUUCGAGACGCAGCUUGUUACGUGUGUUGGUCUUUUUCCAGGGCAUACGAAAGCCACGUUUUAGCAGCCCACGUGAAGGAAAUUGCUAGCGCCUUGUUGGUUGUUACUUGCUUUGAUAAAGAGGUUAACUGUAGACGAGCUGCUUCAGCCGCCUUCCAGGAAAAUGUAGGCAGACAAGGAAAUUUCCCUCAUGGUAUUGAUAUCUUGACGACUGCCGAUUUUUUCUCAGUUAGCGUUAGAGCAAACGCAUAUCUGAACAUCAGCGUAUAUAUUGCACAGUUCGAAGAGUACAGAACUUCUCUUAUUCAGCACCUACUUGACAGAAAAGUUGAUCAUUGGGAUACUGCUAUUCGAGAACUGACCGCUAAGGCAUUGCAUAACUUGACAGCCACUGCUCUAGAUUACAUGAUCGAAACUGCGCUACCCAACUUGUUCGAAAAGACCACCUCCAUCGAUCUUAAUAGCAGACAUGGUGCUACGAUAGCUAUAGGCGAAGUCAUACACGCACUUUCGAAAACGAACUACCUGGAUAAAGUGACGGAAACGUUGUUGGAUAAAACCAGAUCGUUGAUACCUUGGUAUAGAGAAAGAAUGUACUUCAGAGGUUUGGGUGGAGAACUCAUGAAACAUGCUUGUUCGGACUUCAUUGAAAAAUGUUCUUUGGCUGCAGUGCCUUUCCACAAUCAGACCGUCGUUGAGGAUUGGCUAAAACUCCUGAACGAAUGCCUAUCAUAUGACGUCGCUACCAUCAGAAUGGCAGCCAUAAACGCACUUCCCAGUCUUCUUAAUGAAUACUACAGCGACAAGUCAGAAAAAUACAACCAACUUGUGAAAGAUUAUGCAAAAGAACUAAAAGCAACUACCGUACAGGCUCACAGAAUGGGACAUUGCCUAGCAUUAGGUGCACUACCAAAGUUUGUUCUGGCGCCAAAUUACGAUUUCAUAGUGACGUCAUUGAUAGAGGCCACUGUCAUUGAACUUGCCACUGUAAAAUGGGCUGAAAGUAGACGGGAUGCUGUCAAAGCUUUGACCUCUAUCGCUAACACAAUGAGUGAUCAUUUAGGAAAGGAAUUCACCGAGGACCACAUUUUACUGAUGUACAACACAUUUCUGGAAGGUCUGAAAGACUAUACCCAAGAUAAAAGGGGGGAUAUAGGGGCUUGGAUGCGGGAAGCCUCAGUUUUAGGAUUACAAACACUGACGUUACUAGCGACGCAAAGAAUGCCCGAUGUUUUGACAGCUGAUCUGAUGAAAAAGGUAGCACCGAACGUAGCUCAGCAGGCUGUAGAGAAAAUCGAUAGAACUAGGGCUUUAGCUGGCAAGGUUUUUUAUAGCUUUGUUUACAAUGAAUCUGCGAUCCCAAAUCUACCUCAUCACCAAGAAGUAUCGAAUAUUUUUAUAAAAGAGGAAUGUGAUGACCUAAACUGGAAUUCUGGAUCAGCAACUUUUCCAAAAUUUGUCCAGUUGGUCUAUCUGCCAAGUUACACGUAUAAUGUAAUGUUAGGACUAAUAUGCAGUAUUGGAGGUCUAACAGACUCGCUGGUGAAGCAUUCCAGCGCAUCAUUUUUCACCUCAUUAAAAGCUGAACUGAAAACGAGAGGAGUAGGGGAAUUGCACAGAAUUUGCGAUGUGAUACUCAAAAUUUUCAUGGAUCAUCACAAAGUAGAUAGGAUUACCAUACCUAUCUUCAGAUUCUUGGACAAGUUCUUCGACGCUGGAUGUCUUGAGCCAGUCAUACAGUCGGACAGUGCUGAUUUCAUCAAGAAAACACUCAAGUUGGUUCAAAAAGAGAUUGCUGGUUGUAAAGAUACUUAUAAAUUGUUGGAUGGGAUUUCUGUUCUUUGUCAGUUUAUUCAGGUAAAUGGUGACGUCUGUGCUACAGCUUUAGUCCAACUGAUGAUCCUUCUUUGUCAUCGCCAGUCCUACGUCAGGAGAUCUACGUCAGCCAAAUUAUACGAAUCUUUACUUGUGAAUGGAGAUAGCAGUAACAUAGACCCAGAAAAGUUGGAUCAAGCUAUGAACGUGUUGAGUAGCACCAAUUGGGAAGAGCCUGUUGAGCAGAUUAGGCCAAUCAGAAACCAGCUGUGUCAACUGAUGGGCGUUAAAGUUCCAACUCCUGUUAAGAAACUCGUACAAGUUGCGUAGAAGACUUUACAAAGAUCAGAACUUCUGUUUGGUCUGUAUUUAUUGAAAAUUUUAACCCAUCAUUAUUGAAGAAUUGACAGCUAUCUAUCACAGCCCUAAAAUCUACACUGACUAUGAAUUUUGGGUCGAGAUGAUUCUUAAAGUUGUCAUAAUAAAUUUUUCAUUGAUCACUAAAUAAUCUAUUGUGAUAUAUUUCUAUUCAUUUAACACUAUAUUUUAGUAUAGAAUUACUAUAGAAUAUUAUAUUAAAUAUAAAACAUCAACCACUGCAUUGACUGAUAUACUUAAAGUUUUGUAGUUAGGUAUUGAUAAUCAAUUUGCCAGUAACGCUGAUAACAACAGUUGAAGCAGAUGGAUUUACAACAAAAUAUUUUAUCAGAAACAAUCUUUUUUGGUUGCAGGAAGCCAAAUACUGGAAAAUAAACUUAUACUUGAUGAAAUUCUGUUUCUGUUUUAAUAUAAUUUUAUACUUUUUCAUAACAAUAAAUAAUAUCACUAUAAA